GGGACCCCCGGGGAGGCUGCCCCGCUCCCCCCGCCCAUGACCGGGCACCGGGACCCCCGGGGGGGCAUCUCUGACCCCCUGUCCCACAGCCAAGCCCUGGCUUCCCUUUCUCAUACUCACGGGGGUCUCAUUCCCACCGGGGCGGGGACCCACUCGGGGGGACCCACCCAGGUGGCCUGGGCUGGGAUCUGGGACACCUCUGAGGACACUGGGCUCGGGGGGCGGGGGGUGCAGCCCCUGGGUAGCUGGGGGGCUUGGGCACAUGUUUCCUCCCGGCUGUCCCUGGGGAGUGGGGGACGCGGUGCAGGGCAGGCAGCUGGGGGUCUCCGGGGGGCUCUGGCAGCCGCAGCCCACUCCCACGCCAUCAGUUCAGUUUCCAGAUGUGCCAGCGCUGACAUAAAUAACUCAAGAGAUCCAGCCCGGCGCGUCUGCCAUGAAAUAUUCAUCCCGGCUGUAACUGAGCGGAUGCAUCCCCGAGGCCCCUGGGCCGCCGGCCUGGCAGCUCUGCUGCUCCUCCCCGGCGUCCUCGCCUCCGACACACUGCUCAGCACCCGGGGACGGAAGAAAGUGGUCCAUGUCAUGGAGGGUGACAGCGGGGCCGUGGUCGUGCAAACGGCCCCGGGGAAGGUGGUGACGCACCGGGGUGGCACCAUCAUCCUGCCCUGCCGGUACCACUACGACGUGUCCGCCCACGACCCGGCCGAGAUCCGCCUCAAGUGGACCAAGGUGACGGAGCCGAUGGCCUUCGUGGACGUCUUCGUGGCGCUGGGGAAGGCGCGGCGGGCGUUCGGCAGCUACCGCGGCCGCACGGCUCUGCAGGAGGAUGGCUUCGGCGACGCCUCGCUCAUCAUCCGCAACGUCACCCUGCAAGACUACGGCCGCUACGAGUGCGAGGUCACCAACGAGCUCGAGGAUGACACCGGCAUGGUCAAGCUGGACCUCGAAGCCCUCCUCUCCAUUCCCCCAGGCGUGAUCUUCCCCUAUCACCCGCGCCUGGGUCGCUACACCCUGAACUUCCACGAGGCGCAGCAGGCGUGCCUGGAGCAGGACGGCAUCCUGGCCUCACACGACCAGCUGCACCAGGCCUGGCUGGAGGGCAUGGACUGGUGCAACGCCGGCUGGCUGGAGGACGGCUCGGUGCAGUACCCCAUCUCCCGGCCACGGGAGGAGUGCGGCCGCAAGGACACGCCGGUGGGGGUACGCAACUACGGCUACCGGCACAAGGAGAGCGAGCACUAUGAUGCAUUCUGCUUCACCUCCAACCUCAAUGGCAAAGUCUACUUCUUGAAGACGUACCGCAAGCUGAGCUACGCCGAGGCGGUGCAGGCCUGCAAGAACAACGGGGCGGCCGUGGCCAAGGUGGGGCAGCUCUACGCCGCCUGGAAGAUCCAGCUGCUGGACCGCUGCGAGGCCGGCUGGCUGGAGGACGGCAGCAUCCGCUACCCCAUCGUCAACCCCCGGGCGCGCUGCGGGGGCCGGGAGCCCGGCGUGCGCAACCUGGGUUUCCCGGACAAGAAGUAUAAGCUUUUUGGGGUUUAUUGCUUCAAGAAGGCUGGUGAGGCUGCCCCGGAGAGGGCGCUGGGUGGGGGGCACCCCAAUCGUGUGUGAGGCUCACCCUCACCAGGAGCACCCCCAGACUUUGCCGGGGACACCCCGCUUGUGCUGGGCUCCCCGGUGUCGCUGCCUCCCGGGACGUGGCAGCGUGGGGAGCUGCGGGCAGCUCCUGCGUUGGACUGGGAGAGGUGCCCGUGCGAUGCUGGUGCGGCUGCUGCGCUGCAGGCUGUGGACAAAGCCCGGUGACACUUGGGGAAACUGAGGCAGCAGGAGGGGAGAGACUUCAGUCGCCCAGCCGGGAGCCUGCGCUCAGAUCCAGGGCCAGCUCCCCAGCUCGUUGCAGUUAUUGCUUAUCAAUCAGCGUAUUGCAUGUGCUAAAGGCCCAGCCGGAGCAAAGCAGGCUUGAGCCCCCGAUGUCCUUGUCCUCAUGCCCAGGGUCCCCAGGGCUGUGCAGCACUGACCCCCACCCCGGGAGAUGCUGCGGACAACGGGCAUCACGGGACAGGCAGGUCUCUGUGGGGGAGCUGACCUGCCAUGGCGUCCCCCUGCCCCCAAAAAUCCCACCUUGGCUCAGGGCAAGGACUGGGGGCACUGGGCUCAGCUUCAUGCAACAUAGACAGCCGGGGGGGCACCCGCAGCCCCUCCAGCACCCGCAUGCACCCACUCGCCGCUGGCCACCCCAUGGGGCCGCUGCUGGGUGAGCAGAGUGCCGUACGCCCCGAGCCCGGGGCUGGGGCAGCUCCGUAGCGCUUGGCUUCAUGCAGAAGCGGCUGAUGCCGGGAGCGGGGAGGUGCUGGGUGGGCACCGUCCCCUGCACCCGCCCGGCCGAGCACCGGCUCGGGGCUUCCUGCGGCCCCGGUGCUCGUGAGCUGGACAUAGAUGAAAUAAAAGCUUCGGCUGCUUUUGAGAGCUGA